AUGCCUCCAUGGGACCUUUCUGGUGAAGCUCGGGCAGCUAUAAAGCUCAAAAUUAUGCAGAAAAAGGAAUGUAUAAAGGACCUGGAGAUGGCUAUUAAGAGGCUGGAAACAGACAUGCUGUAUGCCAAUAUGGAUUUGACCAAGCUAUUGGAGGCAUCGGCCCCUAUCUGGCUGUUGCCAAAAGAACUUCUGGCAAGGAUAUUUUGGUUGUGCUGCAGAAACACUAAAAUAAUCCAUUCAUCCUGGGGUACUGGAUUUCGGCCCUUGCACAGUCUUCCAAUGAUAACCUUGGGUCUGGUCUGCAAGUUUUGGCACAGUUUAGUCAAUGAAGAUCCCCUGCUGUGGUCUACUUUCGAAAUGGAAGAUGUCGGUGAUAACAGGGUUCUAGACCAUUUAUUGGAAAGGUCUUCUUCAGUCCUACUUGAUUGCACACUGUCACUCCCUACCUAUCCUCGAGACCCAUCCGCACUUUUAACCAGCUCCAUUCCCCGGUGGAAGAGACUGUCCCUUUCGAUGUAUACGCCCCACAAGCUGGAUGAAGUUUUUGGUGACCAUUUGUCAUUCAAAAACCUACGUUCUCUUGAAAUCUCACACAUCUGUGACUGGGGAAUGCCACCCAAUGGUUCCUCUGAGGCUGUGGGUUGGACCUGGGACUGUCCUCAGCUGGUUGCUCUCAAACUGGUUUAUUUUCCACUGGAGCCCCUGUAUUCCCUCCAACACUUGGCUACCCUCACUCUUGCAUAUAUGGACUUGUCCCAUGUUUGGAACCUUCUGAAAGCCUGUCGAAACAUCAGGUCUCUGGUCUUGGAAAAGAUUUUAGGAACCUCUUUAGGCCUUAGACCGGUGCUACUUUCUCAUUGUCACUCACUCUGUAUCAGGGAGGUGAAUGAGAUUGGAAAUAUGGACGUUUUGAUGGAACAUCUAGAUACUCCCAUCCUACAAAUGUUUGAAAUUGGCUGGAAGCUUUCUUCCAAGGGUAGACUGCUUCAAUUGGUCCCACUAGUCACUCGUCACUCCUUGAUGCAGCUGCAUAUUCAAAAUUUGUGCUUUCCUUCCGAAAUGACCCAGACGUUACUGGGGCAGCUGGCUUGUUUACAAGAGUUGGUCUAUCAAGACGAUGAUCUCCUGGCUGGGGACACGACCUCUCAUAUAUUGUUCCAAAACCUGGGUUUGCACUGCCCUUCACUGAAGAUUGUUAAGGUGGAGGCAGGGUUUGAAGCCAUGAUGCAUGUCUUGGACUUUUGUGAUUACCAUCCUGGGUUAGAAAGAGUAUUCUUAACUUUGUUGAUUCACGAUGGUGCCAGAGACUUCGAGGUUGUACAGAGUGUCAGGUAA